AUGGCGUUGGCCUUGCAGAACCGCUCAGUGCCCAGUUUCCGUGCUGCUAGACAUACUUCCUCUAUGGAGUCACCUUUUCUAGGCAGGGUCGAGGCCAGAAGACAGCGAUCACUACAGGUGGUUUUAGUCGAAAUCGGAGUCGGAGGACCUGGGCCUACUGGUAGUGGAAAUCCUGUUACCUCUUCAAACCCAACAUCAACUACAUCUGCGACAGCGACAUCUUCUGCUGACGAGUGCGCGCCGGUUUUGCUUCUACAGGACAUCCUCAACUGGGAAGAAGCCCAAUUUGACUCGGUGACAUGUCCUAGGUUUCCACGUGCGCGACUUCUCACACAAAGACUGCGCUCUUUCGUUAGUGUAAUGCGCGACCAUUCGGCAAUCCAGGACGCCUUGGACGGAGAAGAGCGCAGCGUAAUAGGUAAGGCUAGUUUUGCACUACCGCUAUCCCAUCCAUGUGGACAACUAUUCUGAAAAUAUUCUGUCCACCUGCCCUUGUUUUAAGGGGUAAAAUAGGACGAGGCAAGAACAGGGCGAAACCUCACAACUCAACGAACCAGGCGUAGUGAAAAACUAGCGUUAAGAUAGAACACAUCCAGAAAUGCCAAGAACAGACAGAUCCCAGUAAUGUGGCGUGGCAAGCGAGACGUGCGCUUGGCCUAGACGAGGAAGAACGGUCCACUACGCCCUUGCAUGCCCACACUCUGUUAGCAAAACUAUUAAGGCUAAUGAUGAUUCGUCUUCUUUUUCACAAAGUUAGAGCAGUGCAGUACUUGUGGAACUGUAUUGUAUCGCUCCUAGUCGAGGAGUACUACUAGGGACGUCAAUCAAUCUUAAGGGUAGGCUAAAGGUGCUUUUCUUACCGCUUUUUAUGCCUCUCCUAAGGGAGAAAGGCAUAACAAGCGGGGUAAGCGAGCACCAAAAACCUACCUCUAUUAACAAUCAAUCAAUCAAUCAAUCAUCUACAUCUUCUUUUUCACAAAGCUACUAGAGCAGUGCAUGUGCUUGUGCUUGUCUCAGUUACAACUUCCUUCUUGGAUUCAUUCUGCGAGUAUGUUUAUGAGUCUUCUCUCUUUUUGGUUUUUCCUUAGUUACGUUGGCUCCACCACUUUUAUGAACUACGUAGCAGAUAGAUUAUUAUAAGCCGCGCUAAACGUAGUGGCCCACGGUCUGCGAGCUGUGGAGAGUGAGAAGUGGAGUGAACUGCGACACAUCCUGAAGAUCUUGAGUGGAUGGAUCACUUUUG